GGCAGUCGACGACAAUUCGAGCCGCAGUCGCUGAUCAGUUUGAAAACGACUUUCGUGCGAGGCAGACGUGAAGUGGAAGCUUUGAGCUUGUUACAAAUUGAUAACUGCAACUUUGGCGCGACUCUCGCAGACAACAAUCGAAGUGAAAUAAGCAAAAUAUACAAAAAAAAAAAAAAAAAAACCAAAUUGAAAAGUGCAUGGCAAAUUAAAAGAAAAAGUGGCGUGUGAAGCAACUGCAACUGCAACUGCAACAAGUGCAGCAGAAAAGCUCAUUGUGAUUUUUUGUCGCGUUUUACCGUUGAAAAGUUUUGCGACUUUUCAAAAGUGUUGCCAAGUGUAACACUGAGAUAUACAGAUAUUGUUUUUCGAGAGUUACGAAGCUCAGCAAGUGGACAUGUCUGCGUCUAAAUUGGAGCAGCACUCAAAGCCCAUACUGAGUCCAACACGAUCCCUUGACGAAGGUUUCGAAAGUGAUCCGGAUCGGGUUUCAACUGAUUCAGAGCAUCAAACAAGUGCAACUGCCAACAGCAACAGCAGCAACAACAGCAAUAACAACAAUAACAAUGCCAGCAAGUUGGCACUGCUCAGCUCGGCUGCAACGGGCGGUGCCAGCAGCAAUAAUACUAACAGCAACUGCAACAGCAGCAGCAACAGCAACAACAAUAACCUGACAGACAAGCCAGCAACACGAGUCGGCGGCACUGGCGGUGCACUCAGUUUGGCCGCUCCGCAGCUACAGCGACGCGAAUAUUUCAAGGAGCAACUGCAUCAUCAACAGCAACAAUUGCAGCAACAACAGCAGCAGCAGCAACAACAGCAGCACAAGCACCAACACCAACUCCAGCACCAACAACAACAACACCAGCAGCAACAGCAACAACGAUUGCAAUACCAGAAGCAGCGGCAACCGUUGGUGGCCAGCGCCGCCUCCAGCAUACACAAUCAUCGACUGACCAGCGGCGUGUCAGUCGGUGCCGGAGCUGCUGCGUCCGCUGCGGCGGGUUACAGACGCGGACGGCGUCUGCACGUGACGCCUCCAGCACGGAGUGCACUGCGCUCGCAUUCCGUGGACGCGAUUGGACGUCAGCGUCAUGGCUAUGAUCCCAGCAGUCUUAUACUCAAGCACGACGGCAAUGGCAAUGUGAGCAGCUGCAGCAGCAACGGUGUCGUCACUGGCAACAGUCGCAUGCUCAACUACAAGAGCACGUCAACUGGACCAGUUGGCUCCGUGGCGGCAUCUGCGGCUGCCGGACAGGCGGCGCUGCUGGUGCAGCCCAUUUCAAGUGCAACGCUUUCGCCGCUGGUGGCUGUCGGUGCGGAUGGUGUUGGUGUCGGUGUCGAUGGUGGCGGCUCAUCGCCAGUGAUUGCCUCCGCCACGCACAGCUUGUACACAUUCUAUCCGGCCGAGGGCAAUCUGCAGGUGUGGCAAACGGAGUGCGGCGAUUUAACCUAUAAAUCGUCACGGAAUAUGCAUCAAUUGCACAAGGCGCCAGUAUGCUGGACACAGUCUAUUCCCAGACAGGCAAGACGCUAUAUCACGCCAGCGGCUGCAGCCACAACAACAACAGGAACAGUGGGAACAAAUGGCACAUCGACGGGCGGAACUAGUCUGGCGGUUUAUCCAACGGCCACGGCGCAAGUCUAUCGCUCAAACAAUGGAAUCGAUGUCCUGGACUGUGCUGGUCUGGAGCAUCAUAGUGCAGCAACAACAACAGCAACGGGCAGCAAUUCCAGCGGCAGCGGCUUCUCCCAGCGACUACGCGAAUUGGCCGCCUCCGCCGGACUCCUGUCGCUGAAGCCACGUCAGCCGCUGAAGCCCGUUAUCAAGACGCGCGGUUCACCAGGUCCCGAAUUUCCCAAGAAGGUCACAUUCAGCGCCUUUGCCACGGUGCAGGUGGUGUGAUCGUUCAAAAUGGGCGUGCCAGCUAUGUGGGCGCAGGCACGAUGGCAAGAUAGCGUGUGCCUUGCUUUGUUAAACCGUUAUUGUUGUUUUGUUGCUGUUGUUAAAUGUUUAGCAUUACUAUGGAUCAGCAUCUGGCAGACUUGGAAACAUUUUCCUGAGUUAAAUUUAAAUCUGUGCCAUGUCUUUGGCUUGAAUCUGUUAUGAAAUAUGUACCAAUAUAUGUAUGCUCCAUAGCU